AAGAAGAAAGAAAGAAAAAAUUGAAGCGGUUCGGCUUUUGCUUCGAGGCCCGUUUCGGAAGGCCCCAAGCGGUCGCCGGUGCCGGUGAUCAGGAAAAAAAACAAAAGCGAUCACUGACGCCACCGCGACGAUUCUUUAUACCAGCGGAGCGUGAACUAGCGAAGAGGAAAAGGGUUCGAUAGAUCGAUUCCAGAGAAGAAGGGAAAGGAGAGAAGAAAAAGACUCCCGCUCUGAUGCAACAGAGGAAAAUAGCGGUCUCCGGGCGGCCGUCGGGAACCGAUGGCUCCGAUUUCUCCUACCGCAUGGUCGUCGAUUCCAGAUACACCAAGGUUGCGAAAGGGAAGUCUCGCCUUCGAGCUCUGAUGGCGGCCCAGACUGUUAAUCAAGUGAUUGGAUCUUUAUGGGUGUAUCUGACUGCAUUAGAAGCAAAAGAUGUUAACAGUUUUGCUGUCCUAUCAAUUACUAUUGGCUUCAUUUCUCUUAUAAUUGGAGAACUGGGACGGAGGCGCAGCCGAGCUAAUUUGUUGAGACUCUACACUAGCAUGUCAUCCAUUGCAACUGCAUUUGCCGUUGCAUGCAUGGUUAGAACUGAAAUAUUUUUGAAGGUUGUCCAUAAUCACAACAUUUCAGCCAUAUCAACUUAUGAACUCAUUGAGGCUGUGCAUGUUUUACUGAGCAUGGUGUUGCAAAUAUUUGUCAUCAUCACGACGGUCACUCUGGUGCAGAACAUGUCUACCAGGAGAGAUUCCUAAGUUUGUAAUGCUAGCUGCAGUACUUUACUCAUCUAGAAAUUACAUAUUGGCAUGCUGUAUCAAAAGAAGUGUUUAGUUACUUUUGCAGAGUAAAUCUGCCAAUAUACUAAAGGAGUAUUUUUUGGAGAGAGUUUUCUCCAUUUAGUGCUGUGAAGAUUUCCUCCAGCUUAAUUUUAUAAUUGAAUUUUGUUCCUUAAACGACAGCAUAAGCAACUAGCUGUGUUAUCCUAAUGAAUAUAUCUUCACAUUCCCUUCC